AUGCUGGACGUUGAGAGCAAGGGUCCAACUGAGGUCCUACUGAGAGAAAGCAAGCAAUAUCAUGAUACUAUUCAACGGGACUUCCUGGACACUUACCAUAACUUAACUCUUAAAACUUUGACGGGCAUGAAAUGGGUUACCUCUUAUUGCAGUGGCGUAAGCUUUGCUAUGAAGCCAGACAGUGAUGUUUUUGUUAAUACAAUAUACCUAAUAGAAAAGCUCCUCCUCAUGAAAUUAUUUUUCACCUCCUCCACAAAAUUAUUCCACAGGCCGUCUUAUGAAAGGGCAUAA